UAUUUUUCUAGAUUGUUUUCGUCAUGGGUGCUAGUGAGGUAAAAAAGUAUAUGUGAGGAAUAUCGUGCUGAGCUCAUCUUACGAUUUCUGAUUCAUCUGUUCUUGCUUCGAUGGCAGAACUGUAUGGGAAGUAACCGAGUAGUUAAUGUGAUGUUUUGUGAAGGCAAAAACGAGAAUGCCAAUACAGGCACCACAGUGGACUGAAUUUCUUUCGUGUCCAGUUUGCUGUCAUGACUUUGAUGUGGCCAUACGUGGCCCAAUAUCAUUAGGAUGUGGUCAUACCAUAUGUCGUACGUGCCUUGCAAAUUUACAUCGUAAACAAUGUCCUUUUGAUCAGAGUAUUAUUAAUACAGAAAUAGAAAGAUUGCCAGUAAAUGAAGCUUUAUUACAAUUGGUGGGAAAUCCUGUUCCCACAAAUGUUGCAACAGCUUAUCAAAAAUUGCUACCAUCUGAAGACCAUGCUAAUUAUUUGGUUGCAAAACGUUGUAUUGAGGAACUUGCUCUAUAUCUCAAACCAUGUCAGACAAAUCCUUCUUUAGCUACAGGUGUUGGACUUGUUUCUCGACCUAUGCAAAGGAAAUUGGUAACUUUAGUUGGUUGUCAGUUGGUUGAACCAGAAGGAAGAGCACGUGCAGUAAGGGCAGCUAGAAGUUUGGGUGAAAGAUCAGUUACAGAGUUGAUACUACAACAUCAAAAUCCACAACAACUUAAUGCUAAUCUAUGGGCUGCUGUAAGAGCUCGUGGGUGUCAAUUUCUUGGGCCAGCAAUGCAAGAAGAAGUACUAAAACUUGUUUUAUUGGCUUUGGAAGAUGGAUCUGCUCUUUCUAGGAAAGUAUUAGUUAUGUUUGUAGUUCAACGUCUAGAAUCACAUUUUCCUCAAGCUUCUAAAACUAGCAUAGGACAUGUUGUACAAUUGUUGUAUAGAGCAAGUUGUUUUAAGGUAUCUAAACGAGAAGGAGAUUCAUCAUUAAUGCAAUUAAAAGAAGAGUUUAGAACAUAUGAAGCUUUGAGGAGGGAGCAUGAUGCUCAAAUAGUGCAAAUUGCGACUGAAGCUGGUUUAAGAAUAGCACCUGAUCAGUGGUCUGCAUUGUUAUAUGGAGAUACAAGCCAUAAAUCUCAUAUGCAAAGUAUUAUAGAUAAACUUCAAACUCCACAAUCUUUUGCUCAAAGUGUACAAGAAUUGGUUAUUGCUCUUCAACGUACUCCUGAUCCUGGACAAUUAAGUAGUCUAAGACCUCAAUUAGAAUUGCUAGCUGCAAUAGAUCCUAGCCCAGAAACUGAACCUCCUACAUUAACAGAAUGUCGAGCAGCAUUAGAAGCUGUUAGAACUGUAGUCGCAGCGUUAGUAGAGUUCAUUCAACAACACGGUAAUCGGAAAACGCAAGAUGGUACCCACAAUGUAGGUCCUGGUCAACCAAAAUAUAAAGUGAGCAUGUGUCGAGAUCUCGCACUUAGAGGCUCUUGUCCUAGGUCUACUAAUUGUACAUUUGCUCAUAGUGACAUGGAACUAGAUAAAUAUAGAUCAAAAAGUCGGAAAUUGAGUCUCAGAUCAAGUUUAUCUGGAAUCAACCAUUCAGAUGCGAAAACAGACAAAUCAGUUACUGGAUCAAAUAAUAAGACAUUCAAACAAAAUGACGAUUUAUCUUAUCAUUCCAUAAAGUCGCACGAUAAUACUCAUAGGGAAAGCUUUAAUUCUAUGAACAAAGUUAAUCCAAUACAACAUCACAACCCAACAAAUGAAAACAAUUUUAUCGGAUCAUUAACGAAUUAUAUGCUACCAUCUUCUCAAGGAAUAUUACCUGUGGUACCGACGAAAAAUAUUGACGUACAUUGUUCUCAUUAUAUUAUGCCUAAUACACCUGUUGAUUACACUGCACCUAAUCUUAAUAUUUGGGAUUCGUCGCAGCUUUCAUCUAAUAUGACCAAUGGAAUAUCUAAUACUAAAAAGCAGCGAACCGUUGCCAAAACAUUGGCGAUGUUACUGCAACGCAGGAUGGAAAUAUUAAACCAACUUGAAACGAUUGUCAACAAACAAGUGCCACAGAUGAAAACGAAUUACGACAUACAAGGAGACACACUAUCAUCGAAUUUCUCUAUAUGGACAAACACACCAAAUAAUCCAAUGGUUUCUUCAACAAAUAUGAAUUGCAACAAUAAUUUCCGAUGCGCAGAUCCCAUUCUAUUCGAUGAUGAAUUUGUGCCAUUUGAUGCAUCAUCGAAUAGUAAAUAUGGACCAAUUUCUAAACUAUCCAAAAACUUAAUCAGAUCUACUAAUGGCGUACAGUCUACUAAUUUCUAUGCAGAUGGAGGAACAUCUCCUACAAUAUCUGCUUAUCGAUCUAUGCCAACCACAAAUUCUAUUACGUCUUGGUAUUAUGGAAAUCAACCUUAUGCUACAAUAGGCGCAAAUGGAGGAAUACAGGCUAUCAAUAACAGUAAUUUUGGAGAUAGUUACAUUACAUUUGGUCGUAAUAUAUCCGAUACGUCAACGCACACACAACUUCCACGAGCAGAUAGUAUGUCUAAAGACUUAAUCCUUGAGUCGCAGAAGGUAAAACAACAAUUAAGGCAUCUUGAGAAGAAGAUUAAUGACUUGAAGCUUGCCACACAAGGUGCAACUUUUACGGCCGGGGAAAGGUUAGCACAAGAAUUACAAAUGAUUGAAGCUGGCAUCAGAGAAAAAGAAAAGGACGUACGAAAUUGGAGUCCAUACGGUACCGUACCUUGGAUUCAAUCGUCGAACAAUUUACUUAGUUCUCAAAAUUUCAGUCAGGAUUAUAAGACCGAAGAAGAAGAUACCUACGAAGCAGGUAUCGCAAAUGAUAUGCGGGAAUUAGAAUUACGAUGGGAAUUCGAACUGCAAGAACAGGAAAAACAUUGGUCAAGUGAAGAGGAUAAUUCUAAGAAAUAAUAGUAAGAUAAGUGAUUCUUACUACGUUAUGUACUUCUUAGAUCUGACCAUUAUUUGUCGGAACAUGUUCCUUUUAACAUGUGCAAAUAAUUUUUCGUGCGAACUUCCAUGCAUCAGCAUGUUUAAAUUUUUUCAACAAAAUGACUGAAAGUAAGUAAAAUUUCUACUAUUUGCCUAAAAAACAUUUUAUCGCUCUUGUAAAACAAAAUCAAAAGAAAGCAACACGCAUUAUCGAAUGAAUAGAUAGACAAAUUUAUCGUCCCUAACUAACGUAAAAAUUCUCCUACUGGUAUGGUAUAAUGUAAAAGUGGAUUUACUACUUCCUCAUGUACUAUGUCUUUAAAACGUCUUCAUACUUAAUAUUAAUUAUUUAACUAUGGGAAUGUAUUUUUUCCUGAAAUUAUUAUCAACGUGGCGGUAAAAAACUAGUUGUAAAUAAUGUAAGGUUUCAAAGAAAUCUUCAUGAUGAUGUAGCAAUUCAUAUUUAGUUAUGCAGGAAGUCGCAUCGUUUUAAUUUUUUACUAGCUGCAGUAGGGAGUCUAUCAUAAAGAAAAAUCAAUGUAAGAAGUGAGAGUUAGCUGCCGCAUUGAAAUUACAUUUAUAGAACCGGUGAAGGGUUGAUCGGUGUUCCGUUAUGGAUAUCAUAAUGGGGACAUUCAUUGACAAGAACAAAUUAAACAAAUGAGAGCAGAUUUGUUAAAAUUUAACAGAAAUUAAUGUCAGUGUUUUAUAAACAUGACAGGAUGUAGUAUAUUUUGUUUAUAUGUUUGCACAAUGAAGCAAAGAAUAUUAUAUUAUUGAUACAUUCGGAAAGAAUGCUAUUUAACCUGCAACAAGGUUACAUGAUGAAAAUAUACGGAUACAUAUAGGUGUUAUGCAUACAUAAAAUUAACAUAUUCUGUUAAAAUAUUGCAUAAUUAAGAUAUAUAUUGCUUCUAAUAUAAAUAUAUAUAUCUUAAUUAUAAAUAUAAAUAAAUAUAUAUAUAUACAUAAUAAUUGAUUUUUAGCUGAUAAAACAAAAUUUUUUUUAAAUACUUAGCUUUCUUACUGUACUUCCUUUUGUGAUUCAUGUUUUCAUAUUUGAAAAUAUGUUUCUAAAUAAAACACAGUUACUUGUACAUCAUAUCACACUUUGUUGUAUCAUAAUAUUAAUACGAUGUCAAGUUUGGUUCCAAGUCUUAAAAUACAAAUUCCAGUUUCGAAUUUCUUUUUUUCCUUUUUUAAAUUCAUUUUUUUGAAUAAUCAUUUAUAAUUGAUUCUCAAAUUAAUACAAUUUGUACAAAAUUGAUACAUUAAUGAGAUUAUGAGCAAAAGUAAUUGAGAAAUUUAUUUUUCUCGUGACUGUUAACUUUGUCCCUCUUUUUGUAAAGUUACAAAAAUUAUUUUCUUUUUCUAUCUUUUUUUAAAUCAGUACUAAGAGUCCUAUUUCACAUUUUAAGUACAAAAUGUUACAGUUUCGAAUACUUGAAAAAUUAAAAAAAAAAAAAAAGAGAAAAAGAGUAAAAUGAGGAAAAUUUAAUAAUGUAUAAAAUUUUCCUUUAUUUGACAAUAUGUAGUGGAAAAUUAACUAUAGAUUCCAUUUGUGCCUGGUAAAAGAAUCAUUGCAUUUUAAUUUAUUUGCUGUGACUAAUUGAUUCGUUCGAAACAGUGGUUUUCAAACUAUUGGUAUGUUUGUAGCAGUUAAUAUGUUUGAAAGAUUUAAGGAAUUUUUAUGAUUUUUUAUUUUUUAGUUUCCUUUUUUGUAAAUUUAUGUUUAUCUAGUGCAACAGAGUCUGAGAGCCACUGAUUAAAAAUUAUUUGUUACUAGAGAGUGAACAAAAUAAUGUAAACAGACUGUUAUGCGAGCUGCAGCUCUCACAUUUGUAAACAUGUUCGAUUUACGGACUUACGAGAAAUAGAAACAGUCACAUUGGCUUCCUCUUAACUAUUAUCUAAUUUCCUUUGCUAGACACGAAUUAACGUAUGUAUUAUUGGCAUACUAUUCUUAUUUCUGUAUUGGAAAAACAAAAAAAAGAAAGAUGAAAUUAAUAUUUUUCACAGCAGGAUGUGAGUGAGAUAUGUAUUUUAUUUUAUGGACGAAAAUUUAUAUUCUUGAUAUAGCUAUUUGCUGCAUUUGAUAUAACAUCUGUUAAUGGAAAGGUUUUUGUUUCUUUGUUAACAAAAAUUUACUCACUUAAUAUUAAUAAUGUUUUGUACAUGUGAUAAGAAAAUUUGAUCAAGCUGAGUACAUUGAUCAAGUUGUAAUCUCUUUACAGUAUAGUGAUUUAUGCAUUACAAUAGUCUUUGGGUUCUUCUCUUUUUUAUAAAAUAAUGUGUAGUAUAAAUAUUCAUAAUUCCAGUUUUAGUGGAAAUGACAUAGACUUUUUAUGAAAUGUAGAGAUCAAAGGAAAAUUGAUCUAUCUUUCAUUAAAACUAUUGUUUUGCCUUGCUACACAAAACUAGGUAUGUUCAAGUAGAAUAUUAUUUCUUUCGAACUAAAAUGUGCCUUUUGAAUCAUACAUAGCAACACAUACAAGACCAUAUAAAACAUUUUGUACAGUUGCACAUAUUGAGUUCAGUAUUUUUGAAUCCUGCAGAGGCACAUUACUCUGAACCAUAGAAAGAAAUGUAAUCUCAGAACAUAACUAGUUUCUUAUAAAAAAAAUUACGAAUAAUGGUGCAAUUUUAUUUGUUUUAUUAACUUAUCGGUACAAGUUUCUUUCGUUUAUCACGAUAUAUCAUAAAAUAUGAAAUAACAUUCGUGAAAGAAAUUAUAGAAAAAAUUAACUUGUUCUACUCCAGUGUAUAGAAUUACAUUUUUCUCCAUUCAAACUACAUUUAUUUUACUUUUAAUUAGAUGGAGUAAUUGAAAACUUUCACAUGAAAAAAUUAAAUACUUUCUUAUAUUUUUAUAAAAAAAUAUAUUUCCAUUGCAGAUUUGAAGAUAUGUAAUAUACAAAAUAUUAAACUAUACGUUUGUUCUACAUUGAAGGUAUCAUUGGUAUUUGAUUAUGUUUAGAUUUGAAACUAUAUUUAUAUAUGUUUGAAAAAUAUGUUAGAAACUCUAUUAUUUAUUUUGUUACUGAUUUCACAGAUACAAUUAUGAGAUCUUAAAGAAAAGUUUAUGUAGUACAAAUUUUUUAUUAUGUCUAUGAGAACUUCGUUUGCAAUCACUAUACAUUCAUCACAAUAUUAUAUUCAGAUAUCACAACACAUAAUUGGCGAUUGUACUGAAGAAAAUGUGUGACAAUAUUGCAGAAAGGGAUCACUAUUUAAUUUCUUGACGUAAAUCUAACAAAUACUUUUUAUAUGAAAGUAGUUCUUACAUUUUAAAUCAAGAUUCAACAUUCGUUUUACAUCAAAUGAUAUAGUUAUAAAUAUCAAAUUUUGUUGAUUUUACAAUUCUGAUUAAAGUGAGUCAUUUGAAUAUUCUGUAAAAUAGAAAUAAGAAUGUGAAAGAUCAAAUAUUCCUUUCUGUAAAUGAAAACCAUAUUCACAGUUUGUUCAGAAACGAAAGCUUCUAAGAUUAUUAAUUUCAUAAAGUUUUGUUUCAAAUUACUAUCUAAUAUUUUAUAUAAUUCCUUUAUAAAGACAACUAAAAAGCUUUGAAAAAUCCUUGAAUAUUUCUGUUGUUUAAAGAAAUUAUGAUUGACUAGGUAGUGAUCUGCUUUUCACAAAAGAUGUUGCCCUUCGAUUUCUGUUUCUUCUUUCUUUGCUUAUUUUGUUUUUAUUCGUAGUAUGACUCAUUAAUAAAUGUAGAGAAUAAAAAGCGAAGAGGGCUGUGUACACUGGGAAGUAAUAAGCGCAACAAUACUGUUUGUGCAAGCUUCAGAUUAAUUGCAUGUUAAACAUGUCACUAUGUGUAUAAUAAUACACACGUACCUAUGUUAAUGGUAUGAAACAACAUACAAUCUAUAUUAACGUUCUUUGUUUGAACAUAAUGAAACAAUAAUAAUUAUAUACAUAUCGGUAUAUAAUGCAUAUAGUCAGUGAGCACUUGGCACUUAGCAGUACUAAUAGUACUUUUGUGACACUUACGUUAAAUUAAUUCCUGAUUGUAAGAUUUUUUGUUACAUUAGCUGUAAACAUAAUGGGCAAUGCAUGUAUGUACAUUUCUGAGUUAUUACAUUAAGAAAUUACUUGAAAUCGUUUUGUACGUAAAAUAAAAAAUCUUAUAGCGUAUGUUUUUAUUACAUAGAAAAUGUUAAUAUAUAUUUCUAAACAUUACAUAUUAGUAUUGCCUAUUGCGUUUAACAUAAUUGUUAGUCUGGCAUUUUUAAUGUAUUUUUCUAAAAUAAAUAACUAUGGAAAAAGUCGUAUUAUAAUAUACACAUGUGAUAGA